GUUUUAUUCGUGAAGUUUCGGUCUACGGAAACAGAAAAUAUCGAAUGGGUUGUAUGAAUACAAUGCACUGUGCACGAAGUACUCCGAUCUCGGUUAAUCCAGGGACAAUCGUGGGUAAACGUUCGACAGUUGACAACACUUCAACAACCUGUGCUGUAUGUUGUGACAAAGACAAUUGCAAUACAGUAGCAUGUGAACACAACACAACUUCAUCGGUUGGGACCUUACACACACUAAAGAUGUUUAAUGGCACUUGUGCUAACAACAACGACGAUUCGUGUGCAGCAUUUGGAUUGCUUGACUCAGAUGCGUGCGUUAAAUUGCCAAAGGUCGAUGAACUGUGUCCAAAAACUUGCGGACUAUGCGGUCAUUUCGGAUGGGCACAAUGGAACGACUGGUCUGCUUGUUCAAAGACAUGCAGCCAAGGGACCACGACAAGAAGAAGGGAUUGUCUACAUCAAAUUACUGCAGCACAUGUCCAAACCUGUACAGGAGUAGCAGUAGAGACAAAGAGUUGCAGUGACGGGUUAUGCUUGCAUGAAGGUGUGUGGUCUAAUUGGGGAUCAUGGGGACAGUGUUCACGUACUUGCUCUAAUGGUACGAAAACAAGAGUAAGGCAUUGCUCUGGAAGUGGUCAAAUACAUGGCAGUAUAUUUUGUUCUGGUGACCAUUUUGAAAUUGCGCAUUGCAAUCUUCGGACCUGCCCAAUUUGUCCAUCAUCCAGUUGGGUUGAGCAUAGACCAUCCUGUUAUCUUUUUACACGUCAACAAAUGACAUUUGCCGCUGCACAGACAUAUUGUCAUACACGAAAUGCGUCAUUGGUACACGUUCAAUCAACGACUGAAAACUCCUUUAUCGUGUCUUAUCUUAAGUCUCAUUUCGGUUCUGGUUCUAACGCCGGCUGGUGGUUGGGGAUGACGGAUUCUGUUACAGAAGGGAAAUGGCAAUGGACCGACUUAAACCAACAAGUCAACUUCACAUACUGGGAUGGUGGACAGCCUGAUAAUGCUGGUAUUGAUGGUGAAGAAGACUGUGCCAUAUUUCUUGCAAAGUUUCAAUAUAAAUGGAACGAUGUUGGCUGUAAGGAGCAGUACAACGUCAUCUGUAAAAUAUAAUUUAUGUUGUUAGAAUGCAUUUUAUUCCUUUCAGACUGGGAUCGAGGACAACCGGACAAUACUGGAAUUCAUUCUAACGAGGAUUGCGUCAUAUAUUUCAAUAAGUAUGGACUUAAAUGGAAUGAUGUUUACUGUGGAGACCAGUUUUACGUCAUCUGUGAAAAAAGUUAAUGUUAUAAGAAUUAAAUGAUUAUUCAAUAAAUUAUUUUUACUGUUA